ACAAGGCAUGUCAACAUUAGUUGGUGACUCAAACAAACCGGAAUCGCUUAAAAUUAUAAUUUUAAAUUAAACAACUACUAUAUUUUGUGGCUACAGUGAUGGCUACGGUAGUGGCUCAGUCCCAUUACAUUUUUGGAUUGCGCACAGGAGUGAACAAUAAUCUGUUAUACCUUGAUGAACAAACUAUUAUAUUUCCAUGUGGAAACAACUGUGUGCGUUAUAACAUCGAUCAAAAAUGCCAAAGGUUUAUUCCAGGUACAGAGAUGAGCCAGGGCAUGAAGGCUUUGGCCAUCAGUACAAACAGGCGCUAUUUGGCUGUGUCUGAAUGUGGAGAGAAAGCCACCAUUACCGUGUAUGAUCUGCAGCACGAGCAAGGCAGGAAGAGGAAGGUGUUGUCCGGAGGAGACAUCCCUGUGGAUGAGUUUGUCUGCAUGGCUUUCUCCCCCGACUCCAAAUAUCUGAUUGGUCAGGCAGGUGGGCCAGACUGGACUCUGUUCCUCUGGAUGUGGGAGAAGCAAAAGGUCAUGACCACUGUGAAAACCAGCACCACUGGUCCCAUCACACAGGUCAGCUUUAACCCUCAGGACAACACACAGAUCUGUGUAAGUGGCAGUGGGGUCUUCAAGAUUUUCCGCUUUGCUGGGGAAAACCUGAAACAGACCAACAACUUUAAACCAGAUUCCCAAAACUUUCUGUGUCACACCUGGAUUCACAAGGAGCAGGUGAUAGCCGGCACUGAGACAGGUCAACUUAUGAUAUUUGAUUCUGGUCGUCUGCGAAGGGAGAUGAACCUCACGUCUGAGCAGGAGGUUGAGAGGCAGGAGGAAAACACUGAGUCAAAUGAAAUGCUGCCAAUAUCAUCUGCAACGUCCGUAUUGCCACGAGUGACAGCGAUCGUAGGCUAUUCUAAAGGCUUUGUCUGCUCUGCUGGUCCUGGCACUGUGUAUUUGUUUGAGAAAAUGGAGGAGAAGGACCAAUACAAGAAGACCAAAGAGAUAAAGAUUCCUCCAGAGCCAUUCAGUUAUGAACCCAGUUCUGCAGAGCAGCAGGAAAUAAGCACUCUGUGCGUCAGCCCAUCUGAAGAGACUCUAGCUGCCAGCACAGACCGCGGCCAGCUCUACAGCCUCAAUCUCUCCCUAGCCGAAGUGCAGAAGGGCGAUGCACAGUUUGAGUUCAUGUCUCACUCAUUCCACUCUGGCGUUAUCACCGGUUUAUCCACCUGCAUCCGCAAACCACUCAUCGCCACCUGCUCUCUGGACCGAUCAGUGCGCAUCUGGAACUUUCAAACCAAUGUUUUAGAAAUGUAUAAAGAGUUCCAGGAGGAAGCCCACAGCAUAGCUAUUCACCCAACGGGACUUUACAUCCUGGUGGGAUUUUCAGACAGACUCCGCCUCAUGAACCUGCUCUUUGAUGACAUCAGCACGUUCAAGGAGUUUGCUGUACGCAGUUGCCGUGAGUGUGUAUUUAGCCACGGGGGUCACUUGUUUGCCGCUGUCAACGGGAACAUGAUCAACAUCUACGCCACUACUACAUUUGACUACGUACUGAAUCUUAAGGGACAUAUUGAAAAAGUACGGAGGAUAGCAUUCAGUGCGGAUGACAGCCGUCUGGUGUCGUGUGGCAUGGACGGGGCUGUGUAUGAGUGGAACACGCUCAACGGUAAGCGCGAGUCUGAGUGCGUGCUCAAGUCCUGUAGCUACACCGGUGUGACCAUUUCUCCUGAUGCCAAGACCUUCUUCGCUGUUGGGUCAGACCGCACUCUAAAGGAAAUCCAAGACUGCCAGAUCCUCAAGGAAAUGCCUGCAGGUGAUGUGGUUUGUACUACCGUUGCCAUGCUUCGCUCAGGACGAGCACUCUUCAUUGGAACCUCUAUUGGGACUGUGAGGGUCAUCAAGUACCCCCUACCCAUUCAAAAGGAUUGGCUUGAGUACCAGGCCCAUGCUGGUCCUGUGACUAAGAUGGUCAUCACGUUUGAUGACCAGCACCUCCUUACUGUCUCAGAAGAUGGGUGUCUCCUCAUUUGGAAGAUUAUUGACAAAGAGGGACGAGGGUUAAAGAAAGACAAGGAAAUAGCGUACUCCGAUGAGAUCCUCAUCACAAAGUCAGACCUUGAGGAGAAGGAUAAAAUAAUGCAAGACCUGAAAAGAAGAGAAAAUGAGCUCCAGGAGGAAAACAAGUACCAGCUCAGCCUUAGGGACAUGACAUACAAGGAGAAGAUCGCUGAACUCACAGAGAGAUUCAGCCAAAAGAUCAAUUCACUCAACACUGAGAUAGAGGUCUUGAAAACAGAAAAAGAGAAGCAGCACGCAGCCCAUAGUAAAGUUCUCUCAGAAAUUCUGGAAAAGCAUGAGAAAGUGCUGCAGGACAUAGAAACGACCAAUAACCAGAAGCUCAUGCUGGAAUAUGUGAAAUUGCAAGAUCUGCAGCUGAAAAUGCAGAGGGUCCAGCAGGAAUAUGAGCAUCAGCUACACAGCGUUGAGGAUAGCAAGACUCGAGCCCUGGAGGAGAUUACGAAGUCUCAUGAGGCUGAGCUGCAGAAGAAGACAAUGAUAUUAACUCAGUGUCAGGAAGAAUUCGAGCAGAAAGUGCUGGAGUUUGAGGAGUACAUAAAGCAGGUGGAGCUGGAUGCAGACAUUGAGAUCCAGGACACUCUCGUGAAAUAUAAGCAAGAACUUAAAGGAGAAAAGUUGGCUAAUGCCAAGCUUAAAGUAGAGUAUGAUACCACAAAGAAAUCGCUUCAAAUUCUGCAGAAGGAAAUUGAAAACAAGAAUCUGGAGAUUGAGAAGCUAAAGCAAGAAGCGCAGAAGCUGCAGGCAGUGAUCAAAGCACUGGAGAAAGACAUUACGGGUUUGAAGACCGUAAUACAGCACAGAGAUGGGAUCAUAAAGGAGAAGGAAAAAAGCAUCUAUGAGUUAGACAAGAAUAAUGCCGCACUUACAAGUACUGUAGCAGUGAUGGAGUUCAAGGGUGAAUAUAUAGAGGAGCAAAUCGAGCCCAAAAACAAUGAAAUCAAAGAGCUGAGGGAGCAGAUGCAAGAGAUGGAGGGAGAAUUGGACGAGUUCCACAAGAAGAACACACAACAGGAGCUAAAAAUUGCUGAACUGAACCUAAAACUAAAAACCAAAGACAAAGAAAUGCGUAAAGAAAUGCAGAAGGUGCAGGAUAUGGGUCAUCUGGUAAAUAGGUUUAAAUCUGACCUUCACAAAUCUCUGGACUACAUUCAGGAGCCCAAAAAAUUAAAGGAAAACAUCAGGGAUAUCCAUAAACGCUACGUCCAGCAGCCAGUGGAGACAGUGAGGGUGGACACAGACAUCGAGAUGGAAAACAACAAACUAAGAGAACAUUAUGAGAACAUCAUCUCUUCAUUAAAGAGGCAGCUCAGUAGAGACACAAAUGUGCAUGAGUCCAACAACAUGAAGCUCAUGAAGGAAAACGUAACUCUUAUAAAGGAGAUUAAUGACCAGCGGCAGGAGCUGCGUACACUCCGUAUGCAACUCCACAACUUUCAGAGCCAAAACACCCCCAAGAAGAGCAAAACUAACACCAGAGCAACUUCAGCAGAGAGUUGUGAUUUGAUGACCAGUCGCAACUUUAAUGAAGAAGCGGAGAAGAUCAUCCAGCUUCAGCGACUGGAGAUCCAGAGGCUCCAGCAGGAAAUUAAUGGCCAGAUAGCUUCAACGGCAACCAAACUACCACCUUUGUUUUCCAAGAAUUUUUAAGACAAUAUGUACUGUAAAAUAA